AUGCAAAGGCAGGCGCAUGGUGUAUGCGAGAUGCAAGUGGCUGCAUGUGGAAUCUGCAAAAUAGUGUGUGCUACUGCACAAGACAUAUCCUUUGGAUUAGAGCUGAAGUUUGUUAGGAAGAUGGGAGAAUUUGAGGGGAGUGUAUGUGGAGAUUCAGCGCAUGUGUGCAUUCGCGCAGAUGGACUUAGAGAAAUGUCGACAAUGCAUUUAAAAGAGCACUAUGUGGCAAAUGUUGUUCUUCUCAUCUUUCACAUUAACCGCAAUAAUCCCUUGCAUUUUUUAACAUGUCAAACUUCGAUCUUUCUUGUGCUUGAGGAGCUGGCUCCAGAAAUUCCUGAGCCUGCGCCCAUCAUCGAGUCUGAUGGCAACCGCGUGUUACGCCUCUGGAACGUGCUUCUCCCAUCGCUGGUUGUACUGUCAGGCUUGCGUCCCAAGCUUCUUCAAGAACAAUUGGAGGAUAUUGAAGUGUGGCUCCGUGAGUGGGCACAUUUUGAGAAGGCGGCAGCGGAGAAGAUUGUGGUGGAGGCACACACGGCUAAGGAGAAAGGGAAGGGGAAUGAGAGGGAGGAGAACCCAGACACGGGUAAACCUAAGGCUGGUGGGUGCAUGUCCACUGGUUCAAAGAUACUUGAUUCUCCCUGCAAGAAUUGCGUGCAGCGCAGGGUCAAGUGCACACAAGGCAAGAACACGUGCUGCGGUCCUUGUGAACGCUCGCACCGAGCAUGUAACUUCACUACGAAAUGCAAGGCAUCCGAGGCUGUGGUGGUGCUAUGCAAAGUACCUUGUGUGGCCGAAGAAUGUCUUCCAAUGGUCAAACCGACCAUGGCUGAUGAUGCCGACGACUCCGGCGAGUCUGAGGUAGAGGUUGAGGAACCGCCGAAGAAGGCGCACCCUGUGCCUAGGCUGGUGAAGCCUUUGCCUGUGCGUGUGGUUGCUGGACCUUUGUGGGUGAGGGCUGACAAUUCCGAACUCAUAUGCCUUUGCACGAACAACAAGCGACUCCAGGCGGAGGUGGACAGGCUGUACACCUCGCAUGAAGACUAUGAUCGGUUCAUGAGGAACAUCAACUACCAGGCACAGAAGCAGCAACAGGAGCUCAUCGCCAUGAGCAAUUGCCUGUACACAUUUUCGGAUGACUGA